UUGAGUUUCCUUGAUUCCACCUGCCCAAACUCGUAGGAACUUCAUGUUGAAAAGUAUGCGGAUGAAGAUAUCAACAUACAUUGGGCACUUAUUGUGCCUCCAAUCCAGUCGUCUCCAGCAUUGUAGCCAAGGUUCGGGUGAGACAGUACUGCGUGGGGCAAUCUUGGAUCGGCAGUGGGUGAGCAGCUGCCGCGUUAAUUUAGAGGAAAGCAGGUCUUGCAUGUCUGACCACACCAUCAGGCCGAAGUCAAAUGAAAAUGGCAUAGACGUGGAGCACCAGGCAGAUCAGGCGGCUAAUGGUUCUUUUUCUCAUGUUGUGAUCAAUAUGAUUGGGAUGCUUAUUGGCUUAGGUCAGUUAUCAAUUCCAUAUGCAAUGGAAACUGGAGGAUGGACCUCAAUAUUUCUGCUUAUAGGACUUGGGAUAAUAGCCGCAUAUAGUUCUCUUCUACUUGGAAAGUGUCUUGACAAGAAUCCCAAGUUAACAAGCUACAAGGAUAUUGCUCAACAUGCAUUUGGAACAAAAGGAAAAAUUUUAACUUCAACCCUCAUCUACAUGGAGAUUUUCAUGGCACUUGUAUCCUACACAAUCUCAUUACAUGACAACCUCAUUACAGUACUUGCAGGGACGCAUAUUAAAGUGCCAUGGACUAAACUAUCUACAUCUCAUCUCCUAACCAUUAUUGCUGUCUUAAUAGCGCUGCCUAGUCUGUGGCUGAGAGAUCUAUCUUCCGUAUCUUUCCUCUCCUCAGGCGGUAUUGUCAUGUCGCUUCUCAUUUUUAUUUCAGUAGCAUGGACUGCCAUUUUCGGAGAUGUAAAACCCAACCACAGCAUACCAGUCCUCCACAUUCAUAAUAUUCCCAGAAUAUUUGGGUUAUAUAUCUUCAGUUAUGCAGGACACAUUGUUUUUCCUAAUUUACAUAAAGAAAUGAAAGAUCCAUCCAGGUUUGCAAAGGCAUCUAUUUUGAGCUUCACAUUAGUGACAGCGCUUUACACAGCACUAGCAUUCAUGGGUGCCCGACUGUACGGUCCUGAAGUCAAUCCUCAAAUCACUCUCAGCAUGCCUCGACAUCUUCUUUUGACAAAGAUUGCAUUAUGGGCCACUGUGUUGACACCUAUGACCAAAUAUGCGCUCGAAUUUGCACCUCUUGCCAUUCAUCUUGAGCAUAAACUUCCUGUGAAAAUGAGUUCCAAAUUGAAGAUGAUCAUAAGGGGUAGCGUAGGUUCACUUCUACUUGUACUGAUACUAGCCCUGGCUCUUUCGGUGCCAUAUUUUGAGUACGCUCUCAGCUUCACUGGCUCCCUUGUUAGUGUCGGUAUUUGCGUAAUUUUCCCCUGUGCAUUCUACUGCAAGAUUUGUUGGGGUCAAAUAUCGAAGCCUGUUCUGAUGCUAAACUUCACCCUCAUUGCAUUUGGCUCUCUUCUUGGGGUAUUGGGAACUAUCUCCUCAUCAAAGUUACUUGUUGAAAGCCUGCAGAAAAGAGCUCACUUGGCCUAGCAGAUCCCUUUUUUGUUGAACUUACAUGUUCUCUGUACUUAUCAUGCUCAUAUUACUUUAAACUUUACGCUUAGUUUCUAGAUGAGUAAUAUCUUUAUACAUAUUUAAUAAGCUGAAAUACUAUUGCCAAAGCUGGAGUAUA